AGGCAUUGUAGUGAGUUCUUGCCCCUCAGAGGAGAAGCACCAUUUGAGAGGAUGCGUUGACAGCCACUGUAGUAUUUGCUAACAAUUAAAAUAGCGUGUUCUCACUGUUGUAGCAGCGUUGCUUGGAGUGAAAAAGCAGAUCUGAGCGCCUGAGCACACCUUCUUUCUUUUGAUGAGCGCUCCCCAUUAUCGACCUGCUGGGGGCCUAGAAGUGGUGCUGCAGCCCGGUUUUUAUGAAUGGGAUGCUCGGUUUCCAGGAGGACUGGAGCUGAGGAUCAGUGAUAAUCUUUACUGCUGAAGAGUUGGUUGCUCUCUUUGAGGCCUGACUGUUUUUACGUCUUAAAGAAAUCCUAGAAGCAGCCACCAUGCCAAUCUUAAAACAGCUAGUAUCAUCCUCCUCCCAGACAAAGCGCCGCUCACGUAUGGACCUGACCAGGGAGAUGAUCAGUGCUCCUCUUGGUGACUUUCGUCAUACAAUGCAUGUAGGCCGCAGUGGUGAUGCUUUUGGAGACACUUCCUUCCUCAGCACACGCUCAGGCGAGCCUUCCCCCGAAACCACAUCCUUUCCCCGCUCUCCUCGGCCUGGCCUUCUGUCACGCACCUUCAGGAGCAGUAAACGCUCCCAGUCAGUGAACAGAGUGGAUGAAGACAGAGAGAACAGCCUGCUGGUCCCUGGAGGUUCACCAACAUUUGUUAAAAAUGCAAUGUCUCUGCCUUUUCUCAACAAUGAAGACAGAGGAGACGGCUUGGCUGUGAAGAGUUUGUCUUCGAGUCCUUUUAAACAGCAUGAAGAGCUGGAUGGGAGUGGUGCAGCUGCAGCUGCACACUUCCUUGAACUGGAAGAACAAAAAUUUGGUGAACUGACCGAGCUACCGGAAAGCUACACUCACUUUGGAGGUGGAAUGAAGCAUGCAGAGUCUGUGAUGUCAUUCCAUGUUGAUCUGGGACCCUCCAUGCUGAAUGACAUCUUGGGUGUGAUGGAGAAAGAGGAUGAUGAUCUUGGUUAUGAGGAGGGAAAGAGCAGUGAGGGCAGGGCCUCACCACCUGUCAGCACCCAUGGUGAGGAAGAGGAAAAUAGGACAAAAGAUGAGGAUGUGAACAAGCAGAUGGAGGUAGACAAAGAGGCAGCAGAGCUGCGCCAGCAGGCCUCCAUUCAUCCAAACAGCUCUAUUGAUCUGCCUGAAGAUGGAGGACCUUACACCCCAGAGUACACUCCAGAGAUACGACCCAAACACUUGCAGCACCUUGACAGCUGCUCCAUGUCGAGUUCUGGCUCUGCUGCUCUGGAUGAAAAACCAAGCAGCCAGAAUUACGCUGGUGAUACAGACAGCGCCACGUUCAGCGCACCACCAGAAGAGGAGAGCAACUUCUCCUCUUUCUUGGAGGAUGAAGACGAUGAGAUCCGUGUAUGAGAGUCCCAAGUCUUCUUUUUUUUUUUUAAGUAAAAAGCAAAAAAAGAAAAUGACCAAGCUCUGGAAGUGCUCUGUGAAACUGGCGAGCUCUUUGACAGUCUGGCUUUUGACUUGAAUGGGAAGAAAAUGCUGUAGUCAGGUACUGUGGUAGUUUGAUUGUGGAAAAAAUUCAGAACUUUUAAACAGCAGGGCUACAAAGAAGUGGUGACUUCUUUAGGAUGCGCAAACUCCAUCCACCUCAUCAGCUUGCCCUCCACUUUCAGUCCAUUUUAAAUCGCAGAUAUUCGCAGAAUGAAUAUGGAACAUUCCAGAAAUAAGCAGGGAGUGCUGGUUAAAAUGGAUCUUUAGUAUGGAAAAGAAAAACCUAGUUUAGCCUUUCUCUUUCUAUCCUCUAACAAAAUGUGUCACAUGUGCUUAUUUUCCAUUUGGUUUGUCUUUCUUUCUCCCUGUGCUUUCUUUCCCUGGCUGUCGGACAUCAUGCGGCCUGGGCUGAACAGAAGGCCUCUGUCACAACAGGAUCACUGGUGGGUAUCGGUCACAAUAAAGGGAGCUGUGUUUUGUCACUGGAGUGCAAGGCCCUGCAUCAAGACUCUUUCAUCAGAAAAUAUUAUAGCGCUGCAGAUCUAUCAGACAUUUCUCCCUUAUUCUCACUACAAAACUCAGGGUCCCUGUGAUGCUGCUUCAAGGUUGCCAUCUCCUGCUUUAUAGCAGAACCACAAAUUCAAACCAAAAUCUUAAAUUUUCUUCAGUGAUUAAUUUCCUGCCUGUUACACAGGCUUAGACUCAAUGAAUUAGGACAAAAAGCUGCAAAGUUAAUAGAGACACAUCAGGCUUGCUAUAAAGAAUUGUGUAACCACGGGAAACCAGAGGUGUUAUAAGUGGUGUGUGGCCUUUUAAAUCUCCUUUUCAUGAAAAAGUUUACACAGUUUUUUUUUUUCUUUUGGCGCAAACAGAAUUUUUUUUCUUUUACUUAACUGACAUUGCAAGUUGAAACAGAAAAGAGUUUGAUAACCACUUCCUUCCUUGUUUUUUUUUGCUCUUAGCAUCUGCAGUGGUGCAACUGAACUGUAUAAAAGAUGUUACUCAUUAGUCAAGGGGUCUGCUUUUAUUUAGAAACAGCUUCCACCACUACAUAUGAGUAGGACUUCAAGGUAAAUAUGGUCAAAAUUCAAGUCUACAAGGAGGGACAAGUUAAAGCAGACACUACUGCUAUUUGUUUCUUACCCUUUUCUUUUGUUUGUUUUUAUCUUAAAAGAAAAUCUAUGCUAUUCUUGUGUUAUGUCCGUUUGAAGAGUGGAUGAAAAAGACGCCAGCAACAGAUGCAAGAGUAUUAAGAAAAGAUGGCUGUUUUUUAUGCAAGUUGCACACUCAUUGCAGCUCGACUCUGCCUCUUGCAUCAUUAAAGCCAUGAGGCUUAGGCUUACUUGCGCUGAUUGAUUUCACUGCCUUAACUGAGACUGACACAUGUGCCAAAUUAUAAUUUUCUAGCCAAAAAUAAUUUCUCUUGUGAAACUCACUUUUGGGAGAGCCUGUGAAAUAUGUUUGUCACUUACUUCUCUGUAUAGAAAAUCACUGUUGAAUGCAAGAGAUUUAAGCUUGCAGGUUUAAAAGAAUAAAAAUAAACUGUGUUUCUUAAUGUAUAUCCUGCAGAAAAAGGUUAAAAAAAAAAAAAAAAGGGUUUGUAUUACUGGAUAUUUAUCACACACACACUACAUUUUGUAUUCAGGUAACUUUAGGUUCAUGAUGUGUGAGCGAGAAGUUGCAUUUUCUGUAUAAUGUUUGCCUUACUGUUGUCAUCUUUACUGUAUAUUUACAGCUUCUUUUCUGUAUUAUUCAAAGUAACCUAUAUUUUUCAUUAAAAGAGAACCAUGA